AUGGCCAAUACCUCGUUUAUUGCACAGGCACUGGAAAGCGCGGACGCGAUGCCCGCUGGGUAUCCGAUUAGCCAAGGUCCGGGAUACACUGAAGCCCCAUACCCUUCUUACGCUGGGGACAACACGGGCCUAGGUUAUACGGCAGCAACUCUACCAGCGGAUGCUGGGCCUCCACCAAUCGCAGUCGACAUGUUCACCAGCAGCACGGUUGGCUCUGGUGCAGGAUACAGUUAUGCUCCCUCUCCAAAUGUCAACCUGGAGGGGAACUACUCUGUUCCCCACUCGGCGACCAGGCCAUCCCCCGUCAUGGCUUGCCCAAGAAUGGCUCCUACGUUGGACAAUCGAGCCGUCGACCAAGUGACGGCCCAGAGCUAUUCUCUUCCAUCUCAAUCAGAGGGCUAUAUCCCACCUGGGAACACCGCACAUCAACCAGCUGUGCCUCGGCUUCCACCACUGACGGGACAGUCCUGCAACCUCCCGGUCCAGCUAACAUCGGAUCCCUUCAACUGGCAGUCUAGCCGGCAGUGGGCGACGUGGCCAGCAAGCUGCUGGUUGGCAUUGGCCGAAAGCAGACCUGCCUGA